AAUAAAACCUCAAGUGUGAAGAUUUUUAAAUAACGAUCAGAAAAUUCAAUCGGCAGGAUAGAUCUCAAGAAUCAGAUUUACAUUUGCCUUCCAGAGAUUUACAACAAUGAAUGUACUUCUCGGUUGCUUGUUCUUCCUUCAAGUCUUUCAAAUUUCUGUGCAGCAUAAAUCAAUGGGACCCCAUAGCAGUGAGACGUCAUUUGCUCUAGCUGCACCAAAAGUUUUAGCUUCCUCGACAGAUAAUGCUUUGAUAGCUUACGAAACACAUCACAUAACAAAGAGAAGUUCCAAGUUCGACAACUUUGUAAAUGGAUUUAAAUCAGGGGCUUCAAUUGGAGGUUCCAUUGGAUCAAUCUUCGGACCAAAGGGAGCGGCCAUUGGAGGUGCCAUUGGCGGAAUCAUAGGAGGAAUUGCCUGUAUUUUUAUCUGCAAAGAAGAAAAACCCAACCAGCCGCCAUCCUUUUCAUCCUGCGCCGGUCCAGCUAACUCGGAGUACUUUGCAGACAUUGGUGCAACAACAGCAACAGUAACGUGGAACACACCGACAGCCAGCGACCCUGAGGAUGGCUCUCUUUCAGUUAGCCUGGUUCAGGGUGGAGCUCCCGGAGGAGAUUUUGACAGGGGUUCUCACACUAUAAUAUACACCGCCUCCGACAGCGUGGGAGCCACGACCUACUGCUAUUUCUCAUUCAAAAUUUCAGUGAUAGGUUGUGAUCCUAUUCAGUGGCCCGACAGUGGAUAUGUACGGUGCGAUAAAUCAGAGUUUUUGUACGGAUCAAAAUGCACAGUCGGAUGUUUUGAAGGCAAUGAAAUGGUGUCUACCACAACAAUAGAACCAAAUCGCAUUAUGUGUGACAAAUCAAGUGAUAACAAACCCAUUUUGGACAAGGUCGUCCCAAGUUGUCAAGCCAUAAUUUGUCCUGUUAAUGUAACAGAAUUAGACCCAGCUCAUGGUUCUCCUGUCUGCACUCACAACAAUCACAAAUACGACAGUUCCUGUGUAACGCAGUGUGAAAGUGGCUAUAGUUUGACUUCCGGUAUCAUAUUCUCUACUUGCCAAAAGGAUAAGACGUGGUCGACUGAUCUUCCUGAUUGCCAGGAUAGCGAAGAUCCUCAAAUCAUGAAUUGCCCAAACACAAUAUACGCAUACACAGAUCGAAAUAGUCAAACAGCUGUAGUAAAUUGGGUUACACCCACGGCAACAGACAACUCGGGAUCACCAACUGUUACACAGACGAGGGGACCCACUCCGGGAUCCAAUUUCCAACUUGGGUUGACAGAAAUCAGAUACAGAGCCACUGAUGCUAGCAGCAACACGUCACCCGAAUGCAUAUUCUUCGUUAAUGUUGAAGAAAUUCGUUGUGAUCCACCGCUGAUCGUGGACAAGUACCUCUUUUACCAAUGUCCAGAUGGUUACAGUUACGGAGCCACGUGUCAACUGCAAUGUAUGGGAAGUUUUCCUCUGAUUGGUAACGACACGAUCACGUGUGAAAGGAAUGAUAGCUACGCCCCGCCCCGUGGAUAUUGGGAAAUGGGAGAGUCUCAACCAUAUUGUUCAAAGAACCCUUGUGAUAAGCUUCCAGCGCCAGAGAAUGGAGCCAUGGUGUGUGACACUUGGAUCUUUGGUUUACAAUGUCAGAUGCAGUGUUCUAGCCAGUACGACAUUCCCUUUGGAACAGUCAGCUCUAAUGGAGCCCCCUUCACGGGACUCUUUACAUGUUCUGAAUCCAAAGGAGUAUACACACCGUCAAACACGGUGCCAGGCUGUACACAACUCCGCAGACCUGGAAUGACUACUGUUCUCGGAGAAUUCUUUUAUUACACCGGUGACUGUAACGAUCCUACUGUAUUGGACGAAAUCAAACAGAAUUUCAUCAAUCAGAUGCAACUCCUCGAAGCCCAAGGAUGGAAUGGUGUGUGCCCAUCACAAAUUGACUGCAAUGUCAAUAAUACAGAGGUCACAUGUGGUCCUGUGAACGGCAAGAAGAAGCGUGACGUUUUAGAUGUCCUCCGGGGAAAAAGAAGCACCCAUGAGAUACGGGUUGAAGUAACAAUGACAACAACAUGGUACAACUUCAAUUCCACAGGUGGUACAACAUUUUAUUUCCUUGAAGAUGUCCAGAAGAAGGUGUAUGACGUCGUAAAAGCUACUGCAGCAGCCGGCAAUUUGACCGUAAGAGGCCUGAGUCCUGAUAUCAGCAGUUUUGCGUUGGGAUAUAGCAAUCCGAAUUGUCCAGAUGGAACGAUAAUACGUUGGUCAACGUUGACAUGUGUUCCAUGCUCGGCUGGUACAUUUUUGGAUACAUCAGAUCCUAUGAAGCCUGCUUGCAAAGACUGUCCAGUCGGGACUUAUAAAGAAAUUCCAGAGGAUCUCGCCUGUAUUCCCUGCCCAACAGGAACAAUCACUGAAGCCACUGGAGCAAUGAAUAUCACAAGCUGUCUGAAGAAGUGUGGGCCAGGCGAAUACUCCAAAACUGGAUUGGAACCGUGCCAUCUUUGUCCAAAAUCCUUCUACCAGAAUGAUGAAAUGUCGACUUCGUGUACACCAUGUCCACCGGGUAAAACGACGACGUAUAGCGGAGCCACAGGCAGUUACAACUGUUCAAAUUUUGAUGUACGAAUUACCGAAGCCAUGCAGAAAAUAAGCUUUGAUCCUCCUGGAACUGAUCAAACAACAUUGUGCGUUUCUUCCUGGGUUUCUGCACCAAAGGCCAUGGCGAAUAUUUCCAUUUUUUAUUCGGAGUCCUCAUCCAUGAUCUUUGGUGUAUUCUAUAAGGAUUCUUUAAUUGUCUAUAUCAACAGUCAUUCAAUGUCCACUGGUGUCAUUCUACCAACAGAGACAUGGUCACAUAUAGCACUACAGCUGGAUUCCAAUAGUCAAAUUAUGUCAGUUUUUCUUAAUGGUAUAAAGGUCUAUUCUGCUUCAGUGGCCAGUGCAGUACCUUCAGGAUCGUCCUUAAUAACCUCAACUUCAUCAUUGUCCAUAUCACUAAAUGAAGCAUCUAUUUCUGGAUAUGUCCUUUCUGGAUAUCAAGUGGAGUUCUCAGUUUUAUCAGAUGCAGACAUAACCUCCAUUUCUAGCAUGUGUCACACCACCAGACAAAGCGCCUUUAUUUCAAUGAAAACAUUUGCCAAUAUGUCACAAGUUCAACCAUCUACAACUUUCCUUUCUCCGAGCAUUUGCGACAAUAUAAAUCAGUGUGAUUCCAAUCCAUGCAACGGACACCUUUGUAUAGACAAAGUCAACGCAUUUAAAUGUCAGUGUAAAAAUGGAUACUAUGGCGACACAUGUCAGAAUCCUCCUGACUACUGCAAAGACAGUCCUUGUAAGAAUGGUGCCACGUGCUCCAACUCAGGAAAUAACUUCACGUGUUCUUGCCCAAGAGGAUAUAAAGGGAACCAGUGUCAAAUUCAAAUAGUGGAUGGCGGGUGGAGUGCGUGGAGCUCAUAUUCUGAAUGUUCAGCUUCUUGUGGAGUUGGAGUGAAAUCUCGAUCCCGACAGUGCAAUAGCCCUGUGCCUGAUCCCGACGGUACGCCUUGUGAUCCAGCUGGUACCACUGAAACGGUCUCCUGUAAUACAGAUACUUGUCCCAGUUGUCCCCCUCUGAGGAGGGGAUUUGGAAGCAAAGCUAAUUGCACUACCUACACUGACGGCCAUCAAGUUUGCAUCAUAUCUUGCCGCUCAGGGUAUAGUUUCCCUCCUUCUAACCAGCCUCUUCCAGUGUAUGUAUGUGGCCCAAACACGUCCUAUACCUGGAAUGGGGCGCCGCCAGCAUGUGGACGUGCAAAUUCGCCAAGCAGGAUCUCAAUGGUUUCUUACGUUACAUACAGUCCCGACAUACUGUGUGCUGAUGCCACGACUGCUGCUUCCAAAAUAAAGGCGAACUUGGAGUCAUCUUUACCAUGCUCCCUCAAUGCAUCCUGUUCAGUUGAUGUAACAACACCAGGUUGCUCUACCUCGGGACGCCGCCGAAGGUCUACUCUGUCACAAACCAUCACUCUAACCCAGACGUUUACUUCAGGCGAUAAUUUAAAUCUUGAAGCAUUUGAAGAUUCUGGAAAUGUGAGUCAACCUCUGUACGAUUUGUUAAUGGGCAUCUCUGCACUAGAGGCUUCAGCAGUGCAGAUUAAUAGUUCACACAGUGUCUUGCAGUUUGAUAUCAAUGGUGUUCAGUACACAUCAACGGCUGUGACAACAAGCUCUGACGUAGAGUGUCCAAGUGGUCAAGGAAGAAGCGAAGCACUUUGCAUUGAUUGUCCGGCGGGUACCUACUCACAGUCAGGUGGUUGUGUAUUGUGUACAGUCGGAUUCUAUCAAGAUGAACUUGGAAAGUCCUCCUGCAAAUCGUGUCCCAGCGGGCUAACUACAAAAUACCAAGGAAGUCAGGAUGUGCUGGAUUGCUCGGAAAAUAGUACCUUCUUAACAACGACAUCUUCGGCAAUAGCCUCUUCAGCUGCAACCUCUUCAAACUCUACUUCCACAACUUCGCCCGUAACACCGACGCUACCAACAACUGUUACGUCACUCUCUAGCACUGAAGAUUCCUCACAUGAAAGUUCAAAAAAAGAAAAAGAUAAAGAUGGCGUUUUACUUAUAGCAUGUGUGAUUGUAGCCGUAGCUGUGCUUAUCACAAUCCUGUCGAUCAUCAGCAUUCUUACAUUUAAACAUCUGAAAAGGAUUCGUUUUCACCGUGAGUCGAGUACAAUGAAGGGAAGCUGGGCCAGCCUCAGUAUGGUAAAACCACAGGAAGUGUGCAGGGCGCCCCCUACAUCACAUAUUUACCACGGCAUGCCUGUUAAAACGAAGUUUCAUCCAUUGACAGUGGAAACGUUUUGACCCCACCCACAAAGAUUCAUGGCUGUGAACUCAAACCUUCGUAUUACAGCCAUAGUAUAUGUGUGUCAUUAAUGUUAAUUUAUGAUGAAUGGUUCGGUCAACUAGAAGUGAUUGAAUGUCUUUGCGAGUAUACUCGGCGAUAUAGUGAAUUAUAAAAUAUAUGGAUAUCAAUUAAUGCAAUUCAGUUGUAUAGUAUAUUUUGCAAUAACAUAAUGUUAUGACAGACAAUGAUAAACUAGUAUAACAGAAAAAGCAGUCAAUAUCAAAUUGAAAUAUUUUGUGUUUAUGUUCACUUUUUAGCCGAGUUGCGUAGCAAAUCUCUGCUUUUAAAUUGACGAAGGAUGGGCGUCCAGUCGGGCGAGCGUCUGGGUGGGCGGCGUCCACAAUUAGCUUGUCCGGUCUCUAACUGUCAUACUUUUUGGUGCAUCUUUGUCAGAUUUACAUAACAUAAUCACAUCCAAAAGAGGAAGGUUCCUAUUUAUUUUGAGGUCCAAAGGUCAAGGUCUCUUGGUCACUAAAUGCCAUAGAUUUGAGCUUGUCCAGUCUCUAACUUUCAUACUACUAGGGGCAUCUUUGUGAAACUUAUAUAACAUGGUCACAUCUAAAGGAGGAAGGUUCCUAUUUAUUUUGAGGUUAAAGGUUAAGGUCACUUUGUCACUAAUGCCAUAGAUUUGAGCUUGUCCGAUCUCUAACUUUCAUACUACUUGGUGCGUCUUUGUCAGACUUGCAUAUUUUGAUCACAUCCAAAAGAGGAAGGUUCCUAUUUAUUUUGAGGUCAAAAGGUCAAUGUCUCUUUUUCACAAUAUACUGUAGAUUUGAGCUUGUUUCUAACUUUUAUACAUGUACUUGUUGGUGCAUGUUUAUCAGAAUCCUGAUGACAUUCAAGAUUCAUGUUGCUUUUGAAAUCGAAAGGCCAAAGGUCAAGGUCAUUAUCACACUAAAUACCUAUUGCGGCCAUUCAAAGCUUCAUACUUAUAAACUAUAUUAAAUACGUGCAUGUUUUUACUUCGUGAAUGCAAGUGUGAAUAAUUUUCCAAACUGUAACUCGGCCAUACGCAUCUUUGAUGCGUUUUAGCAAUUUUUACAAAAAUAUGCUAAUAAAAAUUAGUGAGAUUGUU